CUCACUACGCGACGGUUCUGCGCCUCUGGUGGGAGCGAUCGAAAACUUUUCACAUGAGUGUCAGCUUUGUGUGUGUAUAAUGUGAUCUUGUGUGUGUACAACAUGACCGUGCUACUGGUUUUUGGACUUUUCGUUGUGAUAGCGACCGCCCACAAUAUAACACACCUGGAGGUCCCACAAUAUGGCGAUCCUCGGAGGGACGCGUAUCUCGCCUGCCACUACGUGAAGGAGCGAGGCGACCCCGACUUGCACUCCGUUAAGUGGUAUAGAGAUAACAACGAAAUAUUUCGCUUCACACCUGGACAACAGCCAUCAACAAGAACGUUCAAUACAACAGCUGGCGGCGUCACCCGUGGGACAUGCGAUGAAAAUAAGUGUUCCAUAAGCGUGCCGGUGCCGAAGCGCUACAACACCAGGAUAUCGUUCACCUGCGAGGUCUCCACUGAGGGCCCGAGGUUCGCGGUGGUCAACCAGACGAAACAUCUGACUGUAGCUGUGACAUUAAAACAAGACCCUGUGAUUAUGGGGCUACCUGGCAGCGUUCAAAUAGGAGAAGACGUACUUCUCAACUGCUCCACUGUGCCAGCAAUGCCUCCAGCUAAUAUCAUGUGGUAUAUAGACGGACGGCCCGAAAAAACAGAACAAUGGAUGCAUGACCACACUGAAGUAUCAACAGCAGACGACUACGGUCUCCGCUCCAGCUGGCGACCACUAAGGUUUCGCGUGACCACCGCGAGAGGAGCGAUAGGGCUUACUUGUGAGGCCACUCAGCCCACCCGACCGAGCUUCACCCGUGCUACCAAUGUGACAUUGGUGGUCGCGAGGUCGCCGCAUCUAUCGAUGUUCACUGCGUCAGGUUCGAGUAUCACGGCCACAGCGGCAUCAGCGGUAGCCCUGAGUAUCUUAGUACAUAUAUUUUCUAAAUACAGUGCCUUGAGAGAGAUAUAGUCGGAACGGUCGAUAGGCUGUGUCGGUAUUGUAAAAAGUUAGUUUAGGUAGAGUAUUCCAUCCACUUGUGCAUAUCGAUUGUUUUGUAUUAUUAGUUAUUAUAGUUUUUAGUAAUCCUAGUCAAACAACGAACCACCAUAUUGUACAGCUAAUAAACGAAAAAUAUUUAAUGAAUAGAAAGAAUUCGAUGAUGACGCGGGAUUCGAACGCUCGGUUUGGCAAAAGACGCGAAUUCAAAAUCUGCUGUAUAAUCGAUACUAGCUGCGCCCCGCGGUUUCACCCUCGUAAGUCUGUAUCCCGUAGGAAUAUCGGGAUAAAAAGUUACCUAUAUGUUAUUCCAGUUGUCCAGCUAUCUACGUGCCAAAUUUCAUUGCAAUCGGUUAGUAGUUUUUUUUUUUCAGUCCAUUCCAUAUCUCAUUAACAAUAAACAGUUGCCGUUGAUAAGUAAACAAUAUGUACUAAGCA